AAUUAUGAUUAAAUCAUUUGAACCACAUUUUAUUAACUGAAAAAACAAACAUAUUGAAACCUUUAAUUGUGAAUCGUUAAUUGUUGGGGAAAAAAGAGUCAAUUUCUAAAUUUAAUUGUGAAUAAUCAAAAUCAAUCAAAUUGUCUUAAGUUUCAACCAGAAUUCAUAGUCAACAACAAGUACGAUUUUUUUUUGCUAAUUGUUUCAAUCAAUCAACGAGUAAUCACUAAUUGUUAUCCAGUUUUAAAUUAUUACAAUUAAAUCAAAAUGCCAAGUGCUUCUAAACGUGUUAAUGGAUAUGGUUUAAUGGGAUUGCUAAUUGCGGUCUUCGGGGCAGUUUGCUUCUAUCUGGUCAAGUCUAAAGAAGGCUGUUUGGGACUCGAAGACUAUGAUAAGAUCCAAGCUUUUCACAUCGCAGGUCUGAUCACGGGUUUGGUGCUCUUCGUCCUUGGAGUGCUCAACUUUGCUGGUGUGAUCCAUGAUAUCGUUAUACUGUUUUAUCUGGCUGUUAUUGGAAUCCUUGUGAUCGCUGGUAUCAUGGUUUACACUUCGGUUCUAGUGUUUAACAUGCCUUGUAAUCUGACCGCCGAUGGAGCGUUCAAAGCAUUGAAAAGUAUCGUCGACAACAAGAGGCAUAAUAUUUUCCUCGCUGAAGAUGGUAACAUGAUCGCUGUUUUCAUUCUCGAUAUUUUAUCAGCUUUGAUGCUUUUCUCUGCUUCCGGUUCCUUUUAUCGAGGAUAAUCAUUUGAAACUUUUCACCUAAUAUGUUCAUCUAUUCAUCAAUUUUAUCAUCAACUAAUUGCUACAUUAAUUUUCCUUACGAUUUUCAUUGAAAUUGAUUCUUCCAGCCUUUUCUUUUUCAUGUAUCAUUAUCAUCACAAUUAUUAUGAUUCAUAUUUGUUCAAACAUUCAAGAGCAAUAUGAAGAUAUGUAAUAUCAAAUAAAAGAUCUUGAAAUUCUGUACUCAUUAAACAAAAUCAAUGUCGUA